AUGGACAACAGAGAACACAAGCAUGCUAUAGAAAAGCUAAAGGCUGCAAUACUGUCAUCACCAGCCUUAGGCAUACCUGAUCAUGAUAAACCAUUCCACCUGUUUAUUCAUGAAGAUAAGGGUCUUCAGUUUAAUGGAACAAAAGUACCAUCAUACAAGGUCACCCUGAAAGCCUUAUUAGGGACCCUGAACACUCUUGCUGACACCCCAGAUUAUGAGGUGAUGGGUAGAGGACACAAGGAGCUGGUCAUUUUGACCCCUUCUCAAAAUCGCCUGAAUUUCAUCCUGGAGCAUGUGACAUACACCAGCACUAUCUACCACCCAGGAGUUGUGGACAUUGUGAGUAUUGAGUUUGGGAGUGCAGUAGCUAAGUUUCCUGUGAAUGUCAAUCAGCCCUCCAUCCCCAAGUUGUUUGACCCUGGGCCAGAGAGGAAGCUCAGGAACCUGGUGACCAUUGCUACUAAGACUUUCCUCCGUCCCCACAAGCUCCAGAUUUUACUUAAGAGUAUCCGACAAUAUUACCCAGAUGUGACCGUGAUUGUGGCUGAUGAUAGCGAGAAGCCAGAGAAGAUCAAUGACACCUAUGUGGAGCAUUACAUCAUGCCCUUUGGAAAGGGCUGGUUUGCUGGCAGGAAUUUAGCUGUGUCUCAGGUCACCACAAAGUAUGUGUUAUGGGUGGAUGAUGACUUUCUUUUCACAAAAGCUACCAAGAUUGAGGAGCUAGUAGAUGUUUUAGAAAAAACAGAACUGGAUGUGGUUGGUGGCAGUGUGUCUGGGAAUUUAUUCCGGUUUAAGCUACUGAUGGAAGGAGGAGAGGAUGGUGACUGCAUUCACAAGAGGUCAGGCUAUUUCCAGGUCCUGAAUGGCUUCCCCAACUGUGUGGUGACCAGUGGUAUUGUCAAUUUCUUCCUAGCUCACACAGAGAGCCUCCAAAGGGUUGGAUUUGAUCCCCAACUACAGAGAGUGGCACACACAGAGUUUUUCAUCGAUGGGCUAGGGAAUCUUCGUGUGGGAUCAUGCUCAAAUGUGGUUGUGAAUCACCAGUCCCGAGCCAAAGCUUCUGACCCAUAUCAAGCUGCCCUGGAAAAAAACUAUAGUGGGUUCCGAGCUAACUCUAUGGAUCAGGUCAAGUUCAAGUUGGCGCUCCACUACUUCAAGAACCAUCUCCAGUGCUAUACUCAGAAAUGA